UGUGCAUUGAGACUGGAAUGAAUUGACGUUACAUUUUGACAUCUCUUUCAGAAAAAGACAAAAUAUACUGCCACAUGGCGGCUUCUCUUAAAGACCAAACUUUUGAAGUCAGCGGCGUCUAUGCUAGCAGCUGAAAAAGAGCAGAAUAAGAGAGAGAAAGAUAACGCUCUUAAUGAGAGAGUUCCACCUCUCAAACUAUCUGGACUGUCUGUACAGGAACUACAGGAUCUUUGCAAAGACCUUCACCGCAAGAUUGAUGUAGUUGAUGAGGCCCGAUAUGACCUUGAAGUGAAAGUGGCUAAAAAUGAAUCAGAGAUCCAGUCUCAGACCCAGAAGAUUUGGGACUUGAAAGGUACAAUGAACAGAACCAAACUGAAGAGGGUGAAGAAGUCUUCUGAUGCUAUGUUUGGUGCUUUGACCGAAUCCAAACUGUCAUCAAAGGCCGAUUUCAAAGCCAACCUGAAAACAGUAAAGAAAGAAGAAGAGAAGAAAGAAGAGGUGACUGAUUGGCGUAAGAAUGUGGAGGCUAUGUCUGGAAUGGAAGGCAGGAAGAAGCUCUUUAAUGCUAAUCAAUAAAAAAAGUUUAAAAGUACCUUUUAUCACUUGAUGUCCAACAUAUUUCAUGGUUGGCAUUUCUCAGAUAUUGAGUGUUGAAAAAAAAACAAAAAAAACAAGCAUUGUGAAAAGAAGAUGAUAAUGUUUUCUUACUUUUAGCUAACUUUCAGGCUCAGUAACAAGAAAGGGGAGUGAGAUGUGUAUACCAAUACAAGUAGGCUCCCGCUACACUUGUGAUUUGAUGCUAUAAAGUUCAAACUGUGCAAGUGUGAUUUUAAAGAUACUAUUCUGACUAAUCACGUACAUUGAACACACAAAAACUGUUAAUAAUGAUCAUAGGUAUGAGUGUUUUUGUGGAAGAGCUUAGGACUUUGUUUGUCUUUACCAGUUUCUGCCCUAUGCUGCAAUUUGUAUACAGUCUGUACAAAUGUAUUUGCACUCUGAAAAUGUGAUGUUUUGUGUAUUGAAAUGCUAAAUGCAUACUUUAUUCAUGAGAAUCAUUCAGACUGGAAAUUAUUUGAUAAAUUGUAUGCAUUGUUGUGAACUAGAAGAAGUCAGUGUUUUUAAGGAAAUAAAUGUCAGGAAUUGUAACACAUUCUAGUCUAAUGAGAGUACAAAAUGCAAUGUAAUGGCAUUCCAAAAUUAAAUGA